UUCUGGGAGAAGGAGAUCGAAACGUAUUAUGAAAAGUGAUCAAAGUAUUUUGAGAACUCUGCUUGGUAUUUUUCUGACAAUUGGAUACAGUUCAGCUGUUGUGGAGUUUAAUGUCCAUACCCCAGACACACUGGUCACUGCUGUCUAUGGCCACUCCGUUGUGCUAAGAUGUAACUUUACUGUUCAGCAUGGAUCUCCAUCACUAGAACGACUGGUCAUCAAUUGGCAACGUGUCGAGACUGAGGAAGUUGUGUAUAGCUAUUAUUAUGGAAAGGAGCAACUGAGUCACCAAAGCUCUCAGUAUUCAGGGAGAACAAGCUUAUUCAUGGAGGAAUUAAAGCGAGGGAAUGCUUCACUGAAGCUGAGCCAAGUGAAACCAGAGGAUGCUGGACAAUACAAGUGCUUUGUUAGUGACGCUAUAGGAAGUGGCUGGGGCACGAUGUCCGUAAUGUUUGCAGCCUAUUACAAAGAACCUGACUUUUACAUCCAACUAAGACCAUCUGGGACAGUUUUCAGAUUUGAAUCUCAAGGUUAUCCCAAGGCAUUUGUGUCUUGGCACAAUGAAGACAAUGAGGAUAUUUCUGCUCAGUCUGAGACUUAUUACCAACAAAGUGACAAUGGCUUAUACUCACUGCGCAGUAUUCUGGAAAUUACUGAUACCAAUAGAAGUUUGAACUAUACCUUUAAGUUAACGAAUAAUGUACUACACCAAUCAGUUUCUCGAACAUUUGGCCUUUCUGUAGGUAAGUUAACCUUGUAUCCUACACGGUUGGUACUCCCAACCUCCCAUUUGUUUUUGUAAUAUAAUACUGAACACCUACAUCUUGAGUGCUCUACGUUGGUUAAAGUAAAGAAUACCUUGAGCUGGAUAUCUGUCCUCCAUUGGGGUCUGGAUCAGAGAUAAAUAGGAGCUAAAAAUAAUUCUGCUGGCAAUGCUACGCCUGCCUCUUUGUAGGUUACGUGGAACAAUCCCUCUUCCGUACCUACACCGGCCCU